UAAUAGAUUGUGAUGAGAAGUCAGAACCAUCGUAAUUGAUGUUUAUUGUUUUGAAGUUUAAUGGCAUCUUCGUAGUUUCUACCCGUCCAAAUGAAACAAAUAGAUGGAGUCAACAGAAACCCGUGAUGUAGUAUCAAAAGUGUAGAGCAGAAAAGGGAGAUCAGAUCAAAACAAUUCACCAAAACCAAAAAGGUUUCAUUCAAAAUCAUCAAACAGAGUGAAACAAGAAAGGAAUCUUCGAUUUUAUUUGUUUAUUUUUAAUCUAAUUCCAGAGGACAAGAUAGAGAAUCAAUCAAGAUUUGAAGGAGUAAACUAAUAUAUACACAUAUAUAUAUAUAAAGAGAGAGAAAGAGAGGAAAUUUGGUAUUUGGUUGAUGGUCUUUAUGGGUGCGGCGGGUUCGAGGCUGGAGAAAGCUCUGGGCGAUCAGUUUCCAGAAGGCGAGCGAUACUUUGGACUCGAGAACUUCGGCAACACUUGCUACUGCAACAGUGUCUUGCAGGCUCUUUAUUUCUGUGUUCCAUUUCGUGAAGAUUUACUGGAGUACUACGGGAAAAAUAAAAAUCCAGGGGAUGCAGAAGAAAAUCUUCUUACGUGUUUGGCAGAAUUAUUUACGCAGAUAAGUUCACAGAAAAAGAAAACAGGUGUAAUUGCUCCAAAACGCUUUGUACAUAGACUGAAGAAACAAAAUGAGCUUUUCCGCGGUUAUAUGCAUCAGGAUGCCCAUGAGUUUCUGAACUUCUUGUUAAAUGAACUUGUUGACAUACUGGAGAAAGAGUCCCGUGCAGCAACAAGUUCACCAGAAACUUCUUCACCUUCUGAAAAGAUCACAAAUGGGCCAAGGAAUGAUCAGGUCAAUGGCGUUAAGAAAGAGCCAUUAGUUACCUGGGUUCACAAAAAUUUUCAGGGUAUACUUACGAAUGAGACAAAAUGCCUAAGGUGUGAGACAGUGACAGCAAGGGACGAGACCUUCUUAGAUUUGAGCCUUGACAUUGAACAGAACAGUUCAAUUACAAGUUGCCUUAAAAAUUUCAGUUCCACGGAAACUCUGAAUGCUGAAGAUAAAUUCUUCUGCGACAAGUGCUGCAGUUUGCAGGAAGCCCAGAAGAGGAUGAAGAUAAAAAAACCACCUCACAUUCUGGUUAUUCAUCUGAAGCGAUUCAAGUACAUGGAACAACUCAGUCGGUACAAGAAAUUGUCAUACCGUGUUGUGUUCCCACUGGAGCUGAAACUGUGCAACACCGUGGAAGAUACCGACUCCGAGUACUCCUUAUUCGCCAUUGUUAUUCACGUUGGUACUGGACCAAACCAUGGUCACUAUGUUAGCCUCGUGAAAAGCCAUAACCACUGGUUGUUCUUUGAUGAUGACAAUGUAGAAAUGAUUGACGAGUCUGCAGUUCAAACUGUCUUCGGAUCUGCUCAGGAGUAUUCACGCAAUACAGAACACGGGUACAUCCUCUUUUAUGAGAGCCUUGCUACCGGUGUCAAUAGCUGAUAAAAUUAAGGCAUUACAUUUAUGAUGUUACUCUUUAACCUCUUAAGUGGUGGAGGAGGGCAUUUUUUCUAUCCUCUACUUGUUUUGUUUGUUAUACGUUCUCUUGGAUUAACAUGUUGGACUAUAUCAGAAAUCUUCUGAUGGUUUUCGUGUAUAGUGUGGAUGUUGAAAGUACACUGACCUGUUGUUUGUUUUAACAA